AUGUUGGACCUACUAACGAGACUAGCGGAGCGGAUGGCUAAGCUAGAUGCGUCACAGGGCGCCAAGGACCAGCCGAUAGACAAGGAGUCCAGUGUGGUCGGGUCGGCAAUAGGCCUGGGGCAACCGAUGAAUCGGCGUGCUCUCGACGUGACACCGCCGAGGGCUCGGUUCCCCAUAUGUCGCCAGGGACGUACUUCGGGAUAA